CAUAAAAUGUCUUGUAGCACUAUUGAAAUGUCAGUUCGAAGUUCUCGUUAUUUGAAAACAAUUUGUAGUCAGCCGUUUUUUGAUAUUUUAUAAUUGCAAUUGCGAUAAAGGUACUUGUGGCCGGCGAAAGAGACAGAUAUUACGCCAGCAGACCAGGUUGAAAGACUGGUGCAUUGCAAGAUUGCCAAGUCUGACGAUACUUUCACUUGAAACAAAAAUCCCACAAUUUCUUUAUAAAACUUUAGUAAAAAUGGCUGAUGUAAGGUUACUUAUACAAGAAGAAGGUCGAGCAGCUAGAAAUUUGAUAGCUUUCAAUGUACCAGUUGGAACAAACAACACUGAGAAGGUUACCAAAAAACCUCCUAGUGUUCCAAGAGUAUCACAGACAAAUACUACUAAGAGAUCUAUGAAACCAACAACUAGAGUAAGAUCAGCUUCUACUGGUCGUGAUAAAAAAUCUGAAUUGCAGGCAAGGUACUGGGCAUUUUUAUUUGGUAAUUUGCAAAGAGCAGUAGAUGGCAUUUACCAAACAUGCGAAGAAGAUGAAAACAUUUCAGAAUGUAAAGAAGUGAUAUUAGUUUUAGAGAACUAUACUAGAGAUUUUCAUAAUUUGAUUGAGUGGUUUAAGGUUAAAUGGGCUUAUGAAAAUUCGCCACCACCCUUAAGGCGUACUCCUUUAGCUUGGGAAGUUAGGAAAACUUCUCCUUGUCGAAUCUGGAAUUCAACAAUAAUUCCAAAAUCUACUAGUCCUUUACAAAGAAUGAGUCCCACAGAGUCUGUUUGUAGAAGUCCUGUUGAUCAAGUUAUUUCAGAAAAUAAGUCUGUUACUAUAGACAAUAAAGUAAAUCAUAUAAAAGGAGAACCUGUGCACAAAUUAAUAAAGGAUAAUAAAAGUAAUAUUUCCAAAAAUAAUGUAAUAAAUGUAAGUGAAAAAUAUAAAAGUGCAAUAGACAAGGGAUCAAAUCAAUCAUUGAGUAAAGAUAAAUUAGCUUCAAUAAAAGUAAAUAAAACUCUUGUAAAACAUACAGUAGCUGUUAAAACUAAUAACAUUAGUCCAGAUCAGAAAGCAAAUGAAGGUUUAUCUCGAGAAGUAAAAGGUAAAUUGGAUACUAAAGGUACAUCAAAAUCAGUAAAAACAUCUGAUACAUCAUCCAGUAAUUCAACUAAAGGGAUAAUUAAUGCAAAUAAACCAGCGUAUUCAACAGUAUCACAAAUGAAGGUUGUUAAGCCAAAGCAACCAACUCUUCCAGAAACUCCAAAAUUUGUCAGGAGUAAAACUACAUUAAAUGAUAAAAAUACAUCAGUUUCGAAUAAAACAAGACCUGGAACAUCUGUAAUAGUUAGGCAAAGAUAUCAAUCAAUUGACAAUAAGAUUUCAGAACAAAGUUCAUUGAAAAAAGAUCAGAAUAGAGAUAUAAAUGGUUCAGUAGAAGUAUUAACAAAACAGACAUGUACAAAAACGAAAGAAGAAACUGAUGGUUGGCAAACGGUUCGUAGCCGUUAUAGAAGGGGCAGUACACAUAAUUUAAACAUGUCUACAAGAUUUCAUAAACCAAGUACUGCUACAUCAUUACCAGCCUUGUCAAUUGAAAGUCCCUCCGAAAAGAAUAAAAAAAAUUGUUUAACUCCAGAUGGAAACGGUAAACAAAAAAAGAAGUGUAUUGUAGAAAAAGAAGGAAAAAAUAUAAGUAAUGAGGUAGAAAAAGUUAAAGGAGAAUCUGGUGUAAACCUUACCAUUAAAGAUAAGGUAGAAGAAGUUUUCAAGAAUACCAUUAAUUUAAAUGAAAUAAAUUCUACAUCAAUGAUUGCAGCUAUUUUUAAAAGUGAUGCAGAAUUACUUGAGAAACGCAUACAACAAUUUAUGGCUGCUCAAGCAGAAAGAGAAAGAAUAAUUUUGGAAGAGGAAAGGAAGACGGAAGAAGCCGAUUCGCAGCGAUCGCAACAAUUAUCAGACGAAGAAGCAUCUUUACACAGACAGAUUUUAGAACUAGAAUGUGCUGAAACUGAUAUUGAUACAGAAACUGAUGAAACAGAUGGAGAAAUGGUCCUUGAAAUGGAAGAUGAACAAGAAACAUCUCCCAAUACAAUGCCCGACGAUGUUAGUUUAGAUGAUAGGUAUGAAAAUAUAUUUGAGGGAGUAUCUGUGGCAGAAUGUGCAGAUAUACUUGCUCAGUUACAUGCAUUAGUUCUUCGUCACCCUGGUAGAGCUUUAGAAUUGCAUCAGAAAUUAUCCUCGCCAUCGCGAAAACGAUCAUUACCUGAAACAUUACGACGGUACCAAGCAAAACAAGCUUGUGCACAGCAUAAACGACAGAAACUCUUAAUGGAGAAGUCGCAAAGGUUACGAGAAUUGUUCAAUAAAGUGAAAGAUGUUAAAAGUGCAAAAAAUCAAUUAAUAGAAGAUAAGAGAGUUAGAAUGGAAAUGAAAUUGAAAAAGGCAGAAGAAAACAGAACACAACAUUUACUGGAAAUAGUAAGAAAAGCUCAUGAUGAGGAUUCUAAACUAAAAGAAAUUGCAUUUAUUAAUGAACUUGAAGCACAGAACAAGAGACACGAUUUUAUGGCAUUAUGUCAAGAACAAGAAGAAAGAUUACAAGGAAUUCAAGAGGAACGUCAACGUCGUCAAGAAGAGAAAGCAGCUAAAGAAGCUGCAGCUGAAGAACGUAGACGAGCGUUGGAAGCAGAACGGCAGUUGCGUAUUCAAAAAAUGAAACAAGCUCGCCGUGAACGCGAAGAAAGGGUUGGAAAAAUGCAGCUAGAAAGAGAAAAAGAACGUCAGGAACUUGCAAGAGAAAAGGCCAGAGAUAGAGAAGAACGUUUAUCAGCACUUCAUGCAGCACAGUUAGCCAAUCAAGAAGAAUUACAAAAGAAGAUAGCUCAAAAACAACAAGAAUCAGCUAGAAGGCAUGUUGAGAAUAUAGAACAUAUUCGACAAAGAGCAGUUGAAUCUUCGAUUUUAAGGUCGGAAGAAGUUCCACCUACAUUAAAAUCGUACCCUGCACAAAAGCAAUGUUCUUUAUGUGGAACACUUAUACCUAAUGAAGUACAUCUGUUAAGCCAUUUGAAGGGGAAAACACAUCUAGAAGCAGUACGCAAUACACAUGAUGGACGAGAACCAUCACGAGAUGAAUUACAACGCUUUAAUAUAUCUCAAAUUCGUGAUGUUCCAAUUUCAGUCAUUGAUAAUAAUAAUUCUAACGAGAUCAAAGCUGCAAAAGAGAGGCAAAAAGCUUUAAAACGUCGAUGUAGAAAAAUGAAACAGCGUAUGAUUCUACGUGGUAAAGAAUGGGAAGACAAUCAUAAGACAGAUGUAAAUCGAACUAUUGAAUCGGGUAAUAAAGCAAAAUUUCGUCGAAAUUUGAAAGAAUUAGACCGAUUGUAUAAUAAUCAUUUAAAGACUGCUUGGUCAAGCGUUGCCAUUGCUGUAUUAGAACGUUGUUUGGGUGAAAUAACAAGGGCCUUUUCAAAAUUGUGCCCGUUUGAUCAAAAUGCAUUCCGAAUUUUAAAUGGAUUCGAUGUUUUGACUAAUCUGUUGAAUUUGGGAUUGCAAACACAAAAUGCAUCUCAUAAUUUACCAAACAAGAGCGUUCUUUCAAUAUGUCGUGUAUUUAAGUUAAGUGUCAGCGAAAAUGAUACUAACAUCGAAGCAGUUUUAUCAAGCAACAAAAUCCUUGUCAUCUUGGAUCUUCUGCUUCAACAUUUAGAGUCACUGACGAAACUCGACGACCUGAUCCAGGUGCACGAGGCAUCCAGCAAUUCGACCGGAAGUGGAAUCGUAGCCAGCAGCCUGAUGCAAUUGCUGUGCAGCCUGGUCCCCGAGGAGCCUUUCGAAAAAUCGGCAUUGCAAACGCGGGUGCAGGAUAUUGCUGGGUACUUGGUGGCAGGUGGGUUGGUGGAUCGAGUGUUCCGUCACAGUCGAGCUUUGAUCGAGACGGACAUCAUCGUGGACCUGGAUUACGAAUCGCCAGUUCUGCUGUCUUCGUACGAUCUGCUUUACCGAGUCUGCUGCCACCUGAAGAAGUCGUCCAACCAAGAAAUCAUCGGAACCAUUCACGAGAGCAACAAUAACGUGGAGCAGACCAGCGUCGAGUCUCAUCUUCUCUCGACCUUGUCCUCAACGGAAGCUGCUGGCGCGAUUGGCGCGCUUUACGCCGCAGUUGCACUGAAGCCGCAGAAUCAGAAGGGAUCCUCGCCGACCCCAGUCCAGACUUCGACGUUUACUAGGAUUUUGAUCGUUCGCAGCCUCAGGCUGUUCAAGUCGAUCGCUGGAUUGAAUAUCCAGAAAUUGCAGAAUCUCCUAGGAGCAGAAGGCACCAGCUUGCAAUGGCGACUGAUAGCUAGUCAUGUGAUAACCCGAUUAUCACGAGAUCCAAUAUCGCACAAGUCGGAAAUUGCGCAUGACACUAGUGGUACUUACAUCCUGUCAGAGCUGUUCCAGAUUCUGGGAUAUUUUGCAGUUAACAACCCAGAAAACCAGUUGGUACUCCAAUCGGCUGGAUCCGGACAAAGCGUUCUUCAGCAACUGUGUACUCUUCCGUUUCCGUUCUAUGGGGCCCCAGAGUUAACGUCGUACAUUUUCCCGACGACCACCCAUCAGAAUCCAGAGGCCACUGCAAUUCUGUCCUGCGAAUUAUCUUAUCAACUGUUGGAGGAGUACAAAAAUUCGAAUGACGGUAAGCUGAAUCCGUUGGUCCGCCUGCUGAAGGACUCGACUGAUCCAUAACCGUUCCAGUUUGGGUUCGAUUAGUCCGCUUAAGUUUCUUCAGAUUUCUUCGUUUCGAGCGACGAACAUCGUGGACGUAGUUAACCGCAGGACCAUUAUUUCUAUUCCGUUCGAAAGCUCGGGAAGAGUUUGGGAGAAAAUUGUUGUUAGGUACGUCCAUCGUUGAAGAGCUGUCCCGCGUGUCUCGAGGCUGGUACUCCACGUGUUUAUACCGAAUACACCCCGUAGACAAUUAUUCCGAUACGGUUAAAUCAGAUUGGAUUGAAGAGACUGAAGAGAGAAGCUGAAAUUUUUACGCGUCACGUUUCGAUAUAUCGAUUUUAACAAUCGAAGGGUUUUUUGCAGAAAGCGAUCAUUGCAGAGAAAGUUGCCACUAGAGUUGACAGUGCUGCUAACAAUUGUCGAUCCGUGAGUCUUCCACAACUUGAUAAAUAUAUUCCUCGUACCGAAUGUGAAGUACACACGAAACUUCUGUACACGUGCACUCCUGCUUACAAGGAGA